AGCUCGUCGCCGCUCAGUCAGUCGAGUUUCGGUUGCCAGGGCGCACACUUCUGAGAUACUGAUACAGUGAGAAAGACAGGUCCGAUCCGGUUCGCGUGUAUAUCCCGUAUCGCCAUGAUCACGCCGUCGUCUGGCCUGGCGCUCUGGGUCGCAGGGCUUGCCCUGAUGAUCUCCGGGAUCGUGCAGGUCGGCGCUACCGCAUUUCCACGCGACCGUGCGCUCCGGCUGCCGAACGAAACCUAUCCGCUCCACUACCAGCUGCACAUAUCCAGCAACAUACACAAAGGCACGUUGCUGUUCAGCGGAAAUGCCACCAUUGACGUACUCAUCCGGCAGUCGACGAACGAGAUUGUGUUGCACGCCAAAAAUCUCACGGAUAUUCAGAUAACGGUUCGCCGGCUGGUGGAUUCGGACUCGGGACCGGAGACCUCAGUGCUAGUGGACGACCUCACCCACACCUUUGACGAGAGGGCUGCGUUCGUGGUCAUCCAUCCGCAGGAGAACUACAUGGCCUUCGAGGCGGGUCAGCGGUAUCGGCUGGAGAUCCUCUACACGGCGAUCAUGAGGAACCGCGCCAUGGGACUCUACUAUAUGGAUUACCACGAUGAUAAAACCAACCGCACUGUAUACGUAGCCGCCACUCAGUCGGAGCCAACUUAUGCUCGUCUGAUCUUUCCCUGCUACGAUGAACCUGGCUUUAAGUCCAAUUUCAGCAUAACGAUAACCCAUGGUAGUACACACUCGGCCAUUUCAAAUAUGCCAGUCAAGAAAACGAUUCCUCAUGGAGAUCUGACGACAACGCACUUCCAUAUAACACCACCCAUGUCCACCUACCUGGUUGCCUUCGUCAUUUCGAACUUUGAGAAGAUUUCAGAAACAUAUCGCGGGGUCACACAAAGCAUAUACUCCUCGCCCAGCACCAGGGAAAAGGGUCAGAGUGCACUGAAAAACGCCGUAAGAACGGUGGCGGCCAUGGAGGAUUACUUCGGGGUCAGCUAUCCCCUAGAGAAGCUGGAUCACGUAGCGCUGAAGAAGAACUACGGAGCUGCCAUGGAGAACUGGGGACUCAUCACCUACAAGGAGGCCAAUUUGUUGCAACAGGAUUCGGAAGAUGUGCACAAGAGGGUGAAGGACAAAAUAACGCAGAACCAUGAGAUUGCCCACCAGUGGUUCGGGAACCUGGUGUCGCCUGAAUGGUGGACCUAUGCUUGGAUGAACGAAGGUUUUGCCACUUAUUUUGGAUAUGUGAUUACGGAUGUGCUCUAUCCUGAGGACAAAGUGAUGGACAUGUUCGUGGCCGAUGAGGCGGAUCGGGCGUAUAGCUACAACAGUUUCUUUGACGUCCGGCCAAUGACCUCGUAUGUGGAAACGGAGAAGGAUGUGAUGGGCACCUUCGAUAUCAUAACGUACAAGAGAGCUGCUUGUGUGAUAAAGAUGUUCCAUCACGCCUUCCGCCAAAAGCUUUUCGUUAAGGCGAUUGGCCACUUUCUGGAAAAAUAUCGUUACAGCACCGCCAACGAGCUGAAUCUCUUUGAUGCCCUCCAGACGGAGCUCCGGGAGGACGAGUACUUCUCCCAGCAGCCAUGGACGUCUCGGGUCCGGGAUAUUAUGCUCUCCUGGACGCACAGCGAGUGGAUGCCCAUUGUCUUGGUGUCCAGGAGUUACGAAAACAAUUCCAUUAUCUUUAGCCAGCGAUCCUUACACGCCAAGGACGAGCUCUGGUGGAUACCAUUAAAUUUCGCAACCGCCCAGGCGCCCAGUUUCCAGGACACCCAAGCAGAUCUGUUUAUGCCGCCCCAGGCCCAGUACUCGGUGAGUUUGGAGGACUUGGGUCUCCAGCUUAAUGGUAGGGAUUGGAUUAUUGUGAACAAGCAGCAAACGGGAUUCUACCACGUUCAUUACGACACCGACAAUCUAAGGGCCAUAGCCCGACAGCUGCAGGUCAAUCACUCCCUCAUCCAUCCCGUUAACCGGGCGGCCCUCUUCCGAGACCUGAAGCCCCUGAUCGAGCACAACGAGAUCGAGCAUGUGGACGUCCUGUUUGAGAUGCUCAAGUACAUGGAGUUUGAAGAGGACAUGCUGCCGUGGAACCAGGUGGCCGACACCAUAGACUUUCUGAGAAGGAACUUGUUUGCCACUUCCUCCCAGGAUAUGUUCAAUGCUUUUGUGCGCCGACUGGUCACGCCUAUUUUUCGGCGACUCUUCCUCGACCCUCAGGGCGGCCAGAUAUCGAACAGCGCUCUAAACGCAGGCCAGGAGAUCCUGCAAAUGGCCUGCGUAGCCGACCUGCCCGAGUGCCUUGACUACACCCGCCGCCUCACCAAGGAGUACAUCUUUAAGAGAGUGAACUUGACCAACGACUCGGAGUACUAUGCCAUGUACGAUACGGUUCUGUGCCUGGGAGUCCGCUACCUUAGCGACAACGACUUCCGCGGGGUCAUCGAUAUGCUGCAGGCGGCAGAUCGAAGCUCGGUGUACUACGACGAUCUGAUAUACUCCUUGAGGUGCACCCAGAGCCGCAGGCACCUAUUGUCGUAUAUGGAGUUACUGCUGGGCGAGAACUCCACGCACCUGAUCCUCAGUGAUCCGGAGGCCAUGAUGUAUCUGUUCUAUGUCUACAAGUCAAAUCAGGCAGCUCGCCCCGUGAUUUGGCAAUACAUCGACCGCAACUACAAGCUCCUCUGCCGGUCACCAAGCUUCGUGGAGCACUUUAACCAGAUUGCGGAGUUCCUGCCCCGGCAACAGAGGCCUCAUUUUAUGCGACUCCGCGAAAGCAUAGCCAACCAUAUGGCUCUGGAGAGCUUGAAUCCCAGCGAGGAGCUGAUCGAUGUGAACUCCCCGCUGGUGGGGAAGAAGGCCCAGCUCAGUGAAUCAUUCCUGGACAAGUUCGAGCAGCAGAUCCACAGUUGGCUGCUAAGCGAAGUGCCCUCAGCUCCCGGCAAGAGCGACGCCCUUCUGGCCGCCUCCCUUAGCUCAGUCUCUAAUGGUUCCAGUAGACCGCAGGGUAUCCUGAAGGAUGCCACCCGGGUAGUGCGAAGAGCGUUGAGUUCGAUAGAUCCUUCGUUUUACAGAUGAUUGCCAUUCCUCGCAUUUAAGACUAGAAAAUACAUAAGUAAAAGCUUAAUUAAAAAUAAAUUAAUUCCCAUAGUA